GAAGCCGCUCCUUCUAACUUUCUCACACCGCUGACACCCUGACACCCCCGCGGCGGACUGAGUUGGCGACGGGGUCAGAGUCUUCUGGCUGGGGCUUAGAUCCGCUAGGGGUCCGCUGCCUGUCGCUAGAAGCAUUAUUUGGCCUCUCGGAGACCCUGUGGAGGAAGUGCCGGAGUGUGCGAAUGUGUUUGCCUGUGUGCGCGUUCCCUUGGAGGGUCUCUGCGCUUUCCUUUUCACGUAACUCUGUCGUGAGGCUUUGGGAAACUGUGUUUUCGGUCCCUCUCUCGGCUGCACUUAAGUCGUAAAGGGAAGCGUCUUCAAGUGCACCCAGAUCCUCAGGCUUCAGAUAACCCGUCCCCGAACCUGGCCAGAUGCACUGCACUGCGCGCCGCAGGAGCCAUUCCGUAGUGCCAUUCCGAGCGACGCACUGCCGCAGCUUCUCUGAGCCUUUCCAGCAAGUUUGUUCAAGAUUGGCUCCCAAGAAUCAUGGACUGUUAUUAUAUGCCUUGUUUUCUGUCAAGACACCAUGAUUCCUGGUAACCGAAUGCUGAUGGUCGUUUUAUUAUGCCAAGUCCUGCUAGGAGGCGCGAGCCAUGCUAGUUUGAUACCCGAGACCGGGAAGAAGAAAGUCGCCGAGAUUCAGGGCCACGCGGGAGGACGCCGCUCAGGGCAGAGCCAUGAGCUCCUGCGGGACUUCGAGGCGACACUUCUGCAGAUGUUUGGGCUGCGUCGCCGUCCGCAGCCGAGCAAGAACGCCGUCAUUCCGGAUUACAUGAGGGACCUUUACCGGCUCCAGUCUGGGGAGGAGGAGGAGGAAGAGCAGAGCCAGGGAACCGGGCUUGAGUACCCGGAGCGUCCCGCCAGCCGAGCCAACACUGUGAGGAGUUUCCAUCACGAAGAACAUCUGGAGAAUAUCCCAGGGACCAGUAAGAGCUCUGCUUUUCGUUUCCUCUUCAACCUCAGCAGCAUCCCAGAGAAUGAGGUGGUCUCCUCUGCAGAGCUCCGGCUAUUUCGGGAGCAGGUGGACCAGGGCCCAGACUGGGAACAGGGCUUCCACCGUAUAAACAUUUAUGAGGUUAUGAAGCCCCCAGCAGAAAUGGUGCCUGGACACCUCAUCACACGACUACUGGACACCAGACUAGUCCAUCACAAUGUGACACGGUGGGAAUCUUUCGAUGUGAGCCCUGCAGUCCUUCGCUGGACCCGGGAAAAGCAACCCAACUAUGGGCUGGCCAUUGAGGUGACUCACCUCCACCAGACUCGGACCCACCAGGGCCAGCAUGUCAGAAUUAGCCGAUCGUUACCUCAAGGGAGUGGAGAUUGGGCCCAACUCCGGCCCCUCCUGGUCACUUUUGGCCAUGAUGGCCGGGGUCAUACCUUGACCCGCCGGAGGGCCAAACGCAGUCCCAAGCAUCACCCACAGCGGUCCAGGAAGAAGAGUAAGAACUGCCGUCGCCAUUCGCUCUACGUGGACUUCAGUGACGUGGGCUGGAAUGAUUGGAUUGUGGCCCCCCCAGGCUACCAGGCCUUCUACUGCCAUGGGGACUGUCCCUUUCCACUGGCGGAUCACCUCAACUCAACCAACCAUGCCAUUGUGCAGACCCUGGUCAACUCUGUUAAUUCUAGCAUCCCUAAGGCCUGUUGUGUCCCCACUGAACUGAGUGCCAUUUCUAUGUUGUACCUGGACGAGUAUGACAAGGUGGUGUUGAAAAAUUAUCAGGAGAUGGUGGUAGAGGGGUGCGGAUGCCGCUGAGAUCAGGCAGUCCAGAGGACAGACAGACAGACAGACACACACACACACACACACACACACACAUUCCCAUCCAACCACCCACACAUACCACACAAACUGCUUCCCUAUAGCUGGACUUUUAUCUUAAAAAGGAAAAAAGAAAGAAAAAAAAAAGACAGAAAAGAAAAAAAAACCCUAAACACUCACCUUGACCUUAUUUAUGACUUUACGUGCAAAUGUUUUGACCAUAUUGAUCAUAUAUUUUGACAAAUAUAUUUAUAACUACGU